AUGCCAUCGAAAAGUGAUCCCAACGGUCAGAACACCAUGGAGAGGGUGAAGAAAGAGUUCGCUUACAUGUCAAGGGAUUGUCGGUUUAUCGUCGAAGUGCUGGGUAUAGUCAAGGAUGGGUUUGGGUCUCCGGUGAUACUUAUGCCGAUAUAUCCUCUCGGAAGCUUAGCUGGCUGCACCCUCACUGAGAAAGAGUCUAUUACCGCCUUCAGACAAAUCCUUGUGGGACUCAUGCAGCUGAAGGAUUUUGACAUAUUGCAUCGGGAUAUAAAACCAGGGAAUAUUUUAAUCAGGAAGCGGACACCGAAAAGCUUCCAGAUUGUCCUGGCAGACUUCGGUAUCGCGGGUAAAUACACAGAACAGUCUGACUACUUCUAUGGAACCGCAUGCUACAAAGCACCAGAAAUCUUCGACGAGGAAGCGGAAGUAGCGGAUGAUAGGUCUGACGUAUGGUCUACGGGCAUUAUUAUGCUUGAGAAGAUGUACGGCCUUGAUAAAGAAAAGUUCCCCAAGCCGAAAAGCGAAUCUGGAAGGGCGGAAUGGUAUGCCCGCUGGCAGGAGGAAGUGAAAAGGAAGGUUGAAAGCAUUGACUCUAAGUCUGAGCCAGGAAGUUUGAUGAAGAUCAUGCUUCAGAGAAUCUUUGUUGGCUGUGACAAGAGAGUUGAUGCUUCGCGAUGCCACGGGGUUGGUUCUCGAAUCAAGUUGUGGAGGAGGCAUUCUAUAAGACUUCGCGCGCGCUGGUGGAGGUCUUGGGUGAAAUGGGUUGAUGGAGUACCAGAAAUGCGAAAACAGGAGAAUCAGGGCGAUAGGGAGAGGAAAAGAAUGUUAUUAGAUACGGGUGAAGUCAACCUGCAUGCAUCAGAUUUAGAAUAG